ACGGCUCCUCAGUCUCGCCCUCUCCAGCCAUGUACAACGAACCAACUCUCGGAUUUCCCGUAUGUAAGUAUUUUCAUUGUUUGUAUUAUGUUAUCUUUUUUUGAUAUAUACUAUCAUUGUAUGCGUAUAUAGGUAUACUUGUUGUGAUUAUUUAUAGGGUGUGUGUGUCAUGGUAUGUACAUAUGGUGGUGUAUCGGUGAUAUAAAUCAUACGUUAAAGAGCAGUGAUUCCAAACCUUGGUGGAACCCCUCCCAUGAAUUUUCAUUUUCCAAGGCACCCUUGUUAAUAGUGUUCUAAUGCAAGAUAUGAUCGUCUGUUUUUUUUAAAGUUAUUAAGCAAUGUAUACUGAGUUUGGAAUUCAAGAUUGCAUCAAAUGAGCUAAUAUGAUAGACUUGGUGAAAAGUCAUACUGUAAUAGCACAGGAUUAUUUUACGAUUUUUUGGAGAACCCUUGGUGAUGGUCGCCGGAAGCCCCCAGGGUUCUACGAGCUCCUAGUUGGUGAUCUAAGUUAUAGAGUGUUGAUUGUCUGUGUUUUUAUUAUUAAACUGUUUUUUUUGUGGCUGCACUGUGUGGCUGCUUGGUGCUGUGACGGCCAGGAUAACAGUACCUGGGUUUGCACCAAACGAGAGGGAAGGCUCGCUAUGAGGCUCUGCUCAUAGGGGUCGUGCAAGCAACGUCGUGGUUAACUGCAUGGUGUGGUGUAGUCAACUGACAUGUGUCAAACGCAUAAGCCGGAGUAGUUAUGCAAAGCGUGAUGAUUUGUCUGGUGAUCUCAGCACAGACAAGAUUGCAUCAAAUAGUCAAGACCAUCCAGCAAUCCAGUCACUGUCGUCAGGUCAGGAAAGCAAUGAAUUAUCAGACAAUCAAAACACUAAAUCUGCGCCUGAGUCUGGAUGGACUUUGGGAUAUGGUAGUUACCAGAUUCUUUGGACAGAAGGUGACUUGUACCCCAAGACAAUCGACGUGCUGCAGAAUGACAAGGAUGGCUCCGAUGAUGAAGAUAUUAAUGACUGCACAGAUGACUUGGCAAUGGAAAGUGACACUGAUGCAGAUGAUACUACUGACGAUGAAACUGAAAACAGCGAGUGACUGUAAAGACCAAUGAAUACACGUUAACAUAUUGAGAAACAAUAUACUCUUGAAAAAAUAUAUGUAAAAUGUCUUCCAUACUCUAUGCUAUACUAUAUGCAUCAGGUUUUUCCAACGAAUGCUAGUUUUUAUGUCUGCCUUAGUUAUGCUCCUUCUACCUAUAGUAGAAAUCUGAAACCUCUAGGAACAGUUUUUUGUUGUUGUUAUCCUUAGGAACAAAGAUAUGCAAAUUUGGGGGGUCAGCUCACCCUAACUCACCCCCCUUAUAUCCUUAAAUCAAGCCAGUUUAAAUGUCAGCAUCAGUUUAACUAUUUAUUCUACCUAUGGUAGAAAUCUGAAAGUUGUAGGAACAUUUUUUUUUGUUGUUGUUGUUAUCCUUAGGAACAAAGAGAUGUAAGUUUUGGGGGGUCAGCUGACAUUAACUUACCACCCUUUAAUCAUGUCAGUUUAUAUGUCAAUAUUAGUUAAACUAUUUUCUCUACCUAUGGUAAAAAUCUGAAUGUUGUACGAACAGUUUUUGUUGUUGUUGUUGUUAUCCUUAGGAACAAAGAGAUGUAAAUUUUGGGGGUCAGCUGACACUAACUUACCACCCUUUAAUCAUGUCAGUUAAUAUGUCAAUAUUAGUUAAGCUACUUAUUCUACCUAUGGUAGAAAUCUGAAUGUUGUACGAACAAUUUAUUUUAUUUUACCCCUAGGAACUAAAUGGGACACAUUUUGGGGGUCAGCUGACUCCAUCUUACCACCAGAAAAAUAAGUCAGUUUUUACUCCAACAUUACUUUUGUUACUUAAAGUAACUAUAUAAUAAAUAUAAAAACUGUAACUCAUAGUUGUCUUUUUUUUACCUCAUGGGGUCAAAAUGGGCAAAAUUUGGAGGUCAGCUGACCACAUCUUACCACCUGAUAAUGUUGUCAGUUUUAGUCUCAUUAUCAAUUUGGACAGAUUAACUCUGUGCUACUGCAUUUUGGUACGUGUAGCUCUUGGGGUAAGACAUUUUUACCCCAAGGGCCAAAAUCAGACUAAAUUUGGAGGGCAGCUGACCCCCUUUUACCACCGAGAAAUAGUGUCAGUUAUUAGUAGAUUCAUAUCUACUGCAUUUUAUCAUUAUACUGAGUGAAUAUGAU